ACGGGAUUUUCUCUUGUUUUUUUUUCUUCUUUUCUUUCUGCGAGAUAUGUCUUAUUCAACAUCCAGUGUACCUUCAGUAGAUAACUCUGACAAAGAAUCAACUUCUUUACCAGAACAAGCUUGCGAGAUACAAUCUCUGAUGCGCUCAUUCCUGAAAGAACAUACAGCAUACGAUGUGUUGCCCGUCAGUUAUCGAGUGAUUGUGUUUGAUACUCACCUUUUAGUCAAGAAGGCACUUAACGCGCUUGUACAGAAUGGUAUUGUAUCUGCUCCUCUAUGGUCGAGUGAAACGCAGAAAUUUGCAGGCAUGUUGACAGUCGCUGAUUUUAUCAACUUGAUCCAAUAUUAUUAUACCCAUUCGUCUAUGGAAGAUGCAUUUCGAGAAAUAGAGAGCUUUGAAUUGGCUCAUUUAAGAAAUGUAGAAAAGAAAGUGGGUGCACCUGCUCCUCAGCUUGUGUCUAUGGAUCCAAUGGCAACAUUGUAUGAUGCAUGUCACAUGCUGGCUGAGAGUCGAGUACACCGUGUACCAUUGUUAGACAAAGAACCAGAAACAGGCACAGAAAUGAUAGUCAGUGUGAUUACACAGUAUAGAAUCUUGAAAUUUAUUGCAUCCAAUUUUAAAUAUACAAAAGCAUUACGUCAACCAUUAUCAGAGCUAAAGAUAGGUACUUUUGAUAAUGUGGCGACAGCUUCCAUGUCAACACCUGUAAUUCAAGUGAUCAACAUGUUUGUGGAACAGAAUAUCAGUGCUGUGCCUAUUGUGGAUUCAAAUGGCGUUGUGCUUAAUGUAUACGAAACCAUUGAUGUGAUGAGUAUUGCUCGGUCAGGGAGAUAUAAAGAGUUGGAUAUGUCAGUAGGAGAAGCAAUGGAAGCGAGACCCAAAGAUUAUCCUGGUGUCCAUACUUGUACAUUAAAUGAUACACUUCAUUCUAUCUUUAGAAUCAUUCGAAAGCAGCGCGUAUAUCGACUCAUUAUUGUAGAUCAAGAGAACAAACUGAUUGGUAUUGUCAGUCUAUCCAAUAUCUUGGGUUAUUUAGUUGAAUAUAAAAGACCUUAAAGUUACACAGCAAAAUAAACUUAUGUAAACAGACAA